AUGGGCUUACCGGUCUUGAAGAGGGCCGCUGAGUCACUAGCGUCCUUCGAGGUUUCGUCUGCUCCUUCCCCAGAGCUCAUGGCUGCUUUCGCCCAAAUCCAAGAGCUCAACAUCGCCAGUAAAACUCCCAUCCCGGAGCUCCGGAGCACCGCCGGGUUGUUCUGCCUGGGAGUAAAACCGAGGGGGAGUCGCUGUAGUGGCGGAGGUGGGGCCUCGUCAGUCUCCGUGAGAUUUCGGAAAAGAGAAGAGUCGACGACGGGUCAUCAAGCGUCUGCGGUCAUGUGUGCGUGA